GUCUCCUAUUUCCGCCCGGUCCCUUAUUUCUCUGACAGCAACUUGGCAGAUAUGAAGCACUCACAGACACAAACCAUAAUAAAACAAAAUAAAAAUAUGGACUUCAAACCAGUUUUGGGUGAUAUAUCGACAUAUCGCCCAGCCCUAGUUCAUAAAACUCAUCUUUGCGCAUGCAAAGGCUUCGUGACGGGAUCAAAAAUCAUCUUCUGAGGUACAGGGUGGAUUUGAUUUAAAUCAAAUCAAUUUAAAUCACAAUUUAAAUCACUAGUCAUAAGACUUAAUUUAAAUUUUUUUUUUACAGAAAGACUCAUUCUUGCUGGUAUAAUCUUAAUAUUUACAACCAGAUGAAGGUUUCAUUUUUGGAACAAUAAAUUUUAGAGUAGUUUUUACAGUUAUAUCAAAAAAUACUGAUUUGGUUAUACUAUUGUUUAUACUAUUGGAAAUACAUAGACAAAUAAUUAUGAAAUUAUUGUGACGUUUAAUAAGUUAACUGUUUAUAUUUGGACAACUUUUCUGCAGCACUUUACUGGAAGGAGAAAAAUAAUCAUUUCCUUAAUAACAAUUUCAACAAUUUAUUUAACUAAAAUAAUAACAUUAUAGCAUAUGUAUCCAUGUUUGUUAACUGAUGUGGUUAAACAGUUUUUAAAAAACAAACAAACUUAGACUGAGUUUUAGCACACAUGAAAAACUUAAACAGAUCCUUAUUUCCUGAUGAAUAGCCUUUGGACUAUAAUGUAACUUAAAUAGAAAACUAUCUUUAGAAAGAUUUUCCUCCAAAAGCAUUUCAUUUUAAAAAUCCAAUUUAAAUAAUAAUUUAAAAAUCCUAUUAAUUUUUAGAAAAUAUUUGAUUUUUAUCUACCUUGCUGGGGUAUCUUCCUUUGACGGCUUUAUUAUCAAAGGCAGAUUGUAUAGGGAUUCCUCCUGGGCUCACUGAAGCGGAUUUGUCCUUUAUGAGAGCAGAAUUACAUUAAGUAAAUGCUCUGAAGGUUCCCGUCCACACAGCACUGCUUGAUUCAACCUCUGGUUACACAAACAGCCACCUGUAGCUGCCUGCAUCUUUUGAAAUGAAGGCAGCUCCCCCCAAUUAAAAUUGACAGCGUGUUUCAGAUCAUCACUGUUUCCAAGGGAACCGGCCUCGGCUUGAACGUUGUAGGAGGCAUUAACAGGAAUGAAGGGCCCUUGGUGCAUAUUCUGGAAGUUAUUCCUGGAGGAUGGCCGGCUGAGAGCUGGGGACCAGCUUGUUUCCAUUAACAAGGAGUCAUUGAUUGGAAUCACCUACGAAGAAGCAAGAAGCCUAAUCAACAGAACAAAGCUGAGAUCUAACUCCUCGUGGGAAAUCGCUUUCAUUCGACAUGGACCUCUUUCCAGUCAAGCGGAAACUGUGCCGCCCCCCUCCAGCCUGUUAACUUCGGAAAGAUACGGACUGCAGCUUCCUCCAUCUUUGUCUCCGAAUGAGAGCAUAGACUCAAAGAUGUCAAUUCUGAAUAUGGCGAAAGCCGGAUUCAAGAAGAGAGAACAAUCUCCCGCAUUUUCUGCAAACAACAGUUCCGCUGAUGCCUCUGCUGGGGCUGCUCGCCCCACGUGGAGCGAUGAUUAUGGACCACAAAGAAGGAAGAUUUCCCUAAACCCCACUGUUCGUCUCCAAGCAGAUAAACUAGAGAUGGCUCUGAAUUAUCUCGGGAUUCAACCCACGAAAGAACAGCAAGAAAUCCUAAGGCAGCAGCUACCAAAGGAUCCUAAAGGAACAGUGUCUUUUGGAGAUUUUGUCCAGGUGGCAAGAAACCUAUUCUGUUUGCAGCUAGAUGGGGCAGGUGGUGCCCAAGGACAAGCAGCAUUUAAUCCCCACGAAAUUGCCCAAUUACUAGAUUCACAGUUUGUCUCCUGUGAUCCUUUGGAAAGAGAGGAAUUGGAAGAACUUAAGAAAGAGAGAAGUGAGGCCUUACAAGAAAUAUGCAAAUUGAAGGAAGAGUUGGCCGAGUCCGAACAUAGGAGAAAACAGCUGGCUGAAGAGCUGCAAACUGCCAAACAAGAAGCCAAGGCAUCAGUGGAGGAAGCGAGAGGCCUGCGUAGCAGAAUCCAUCUUGCAGAAGCUGCGCAAAAGCAAGCUAGCGGCAUGGAAAUGGACUACGAGGAAGUAAUCCACCUGCUUGAGGUAGAAAUUGCAGAUCUGAGGGCUCAGCUCGGCGAUCAUUGUGGUCAAAAUAAAGACAGCAUCCAAGAUUUAAGGAAGAGGAUUACAGUGCUCGAUUGCCAGCUGAGAAAAUCCGAAACUGCCAAGAAGAUGUUUGAGGUGGCAACUGAAAAGCUGCUGCAGUUUGUUGAGGUUGUGCCGGAAGUGCUGUCGGAUACCUCUACUUCAUUGACCAAUUUAAGUGACAGCAAAGCCACGUUCUCCUCUAAAACACUCAUUGCACGCCUGGGACGGAAUGGACGCACUCUGCCAGCAUCUCUUGCAGCAGAAGCGAAGGAACUUACUAAAUCUGUCCGUGCCAUUCUAGAAGCAGACUGUCUGCCUUACGGUUGGGAAGAGGCCUAUACAGCAGAUGGAAUCAAGUACUUCAUCAACCACGUGACUCAGACAACUUCUUGGAUCCAUCCUGUCACCCACGUACUGGCCUUGCCACGCUCCGAAGAGAACGAGGAGGAGGAUAGCUUCAGAGAGCUUCCAGAUCUCAAAGGCUGAGAACAUCGACUGGCAAAAAACAGAUGCAAAUGGUGGUAUCAUCGCAAUUGUCAAGAGAUGACCUACUUCCAAUAGUCUAGCUCCCAUGAACUAGUUCCAUCUGAAACAAUUUAUCAACGUUGCUCUCGCUUGUGUAGUCUGCCAGCUAAAUAAGUCGCAGUCUGCGUCAACGGACUUUCUCUGGUGUAUAGAUAAACCCAGCCGCACAGAUCAAGCACCUGUGAUGAUUUGCAGCAAGUAUUGCAAGCCCACUGGGGUUUUUUUAAUUUAAAAAAACGGCAAUUCACACCUGCUUCUCCGCCUAAUACUAUUGAUCCUUUGUAUAUCUAUAGCCUGUACAUAUAAAAGGCAAUCCCCAACAUUCCACCAGUUUUUUUUUGCUCAUGUAUGAGUCAAUGGUUGCCAUUCAUGGAGAAAAGUAAAGCAAUACAAUUGCGGGCAAAGUCGUGGCUUGCGCAAAAUCUGCCCUCUGCCCCUGAUGCUGUGACCCAGCCCUCGGUGACAGUGGUUUUUGGCAGAUUUUGGGGGUUCUGCCAGAGCGGAUGACGCUCGUCCACUUUUUCUUCCAGCUGGAUCAGCAGAGGAAGGCUUUAAGACGACAGAAUCUGCUGGAGUUAUCAAGAGACGAUGGAAACACAGAGGUGUUCAAGCUUGUUUCAACAGAUCAAGAGAGUAUCGGCUUAAUGACUCAGCAGCAUACUUCUUCAAUGAUUUGGACAGGAUAGCCCAGACUAGACAUUCCUCUUCUCCCAGGCCUUUGGCGAAUUAAACAAUCUAUGGCCUAUUAAACUGUAGGGAGGGAGGGGUUAUUGUUUUUGUUUGUUGUUAUGCUACCUAUUUUUGUGUUCUUAUAUUGUACACCGCCCUGCGAUCUUCGGAUGGAGAUUUUCAUCAUUCACCAUUUUGCUAGGGGAAGACCCAGAGUCUCAGUGGGUCGCAGGGCUGCGCAAUACAGUGGUACCUUGGUUCUCAAACUUAAUCCGUUCCGGGAUUCUGUUCGACUCCAGAAACCAUUUGAAAACCAAGGUGCGGCUUCCGAUGGGCUGCAGGAGCUUCCUGCACUCAAGCGGAAUCUGUGUCGGAAGUUCAGCUUCCGAAAAACAUUCACACACUUCUGGGUUUGCAGCGUUCGGGAGCCGAUUUGUUCAGCAGCUAAGCCGUUCGGGAACCAAGGUACCACUGUACUCCGAAUUCUUGCCUGAAACCAAUAUGGUGCUCACAUCUUGAUAAAGGUUUCAGACUUUUUGAGCUCCCCAGCAGCUGUGAUGUAUCAGAGGCUCAAAUUGCCUUCGCCCGAGCGGCUGGGCAGUGUAUUUCCACUUGGGGAAGGAGGUUGCUCCAGAAGGAAAGACUCGGCCUGCCCACUCGGGCAAAGGCAAAGGCAGACAAAUGUACGGAGCCCGAAAACAUGAGCCUGUGACACAGAGCCUGAGACAGACAUGCAGAAGCCAGAGAGGGAUCGGAGCUCGCUCAGUAGGCCUGGGCUACAUCUUGGCUGCUUCUUCCUCCCCUCCUAAGGUGGGGAGUGUAUCGCGGUAUUUAGCUACUGAUAUAUCACGUUGUUGAAAACCAGAUUUCGCCCAGCCCUAGUGGGUAAGACUCAGUAGGCUCCAAGUGGCCAGUGGGUUACCUUUUGGGCAACAUGGAGCUAAGGGCAUCCUAGUUGCUGGGGAUCACAAGUGGAGAGAGGCAUCUGGUUGGACUCGAUGGGCCUUUGGUCUGAUCCAACAGGGUUCUUAAAUCAACACCUAUAAUCCUAAAUCACUUCCCCUGCCAUGGUUUCCACACACUGAGGGACCCUAGAGAACCAUCACUCGUUAAGGUAGCAGGGAUCUUGGUAUGAUCCUGCAGCAAAAGUUCCCAGGGUCCUUGAGAAACACCAUGGCAACUGAACUAGCUUAAAUCUGUAGCCCAAUUCAGACAGCGUUGCUCCAGGGCAAUUCAGCACAGCGGCCAUGGCUCUAAUCUGAAAUGGUCUUCUGUUCAAGGAAGCAGAAGCAAUUCUUGCUCCUAGCAAAGAAUGGAUGCAUUUUCCUCCCAGCCCCAAAUCUUCACUUGCAUUGCCUUUCCAACCAAGGCAUAAACUGAGUCUAAUUAGGUCAAGGUUUUUAUCAUUCCACUAAUGGCCAUAGCUACAAUCUUCAUCUCCACCUGAUCAUGUUUCAGCAAUCUGGAGUUGUUUGUGUAUCUUUGCUUUCUAAUUAAUGGCUUUUCUGAAGUGGAUUGCUAUUCCUGCUUCGCCGCUUCUUAACGCUAGCUGGUCACAUAAGCUACCACCGGAUCGCAGUUUUUUACUGCCGCGUAUCGAUACCCAGAGUGUAUAUUAAAGCAGAUUAUGUUUAAAAGCAUACAACAUUACAAUCCUGCCUUGCUUGCUUUCCAUGUUAAGUCACAAGGUAAAUUUGAUUACGCAGAGAACUGUAAGUAGAGAUGACAGAUUGAAGAUAUGAAUCCUCAGCAGUUUGUAACAGGCAUCAAACAAUAAUGCCCUUUUAGAAGUUUAUAAUAAAACGGAUUGUGCUAACUUUUGGGUUUUAUUCUUUGCCUUUCCCGUGCCUUGGUCUUCUGGCUGGCUUCUUUUCCUAAACUAUUCAGGGCUUGUGGCUUCUGCACCUUAUCCUCUUCCUCUCUACUUAAGGCAUUUGAUUGUCCUUGCAUUCAGUCAUAGUCUCUGGAUAAAUGCCCCCCUUCUUUAAAAAAAACACACAGUCAAUUUUAGAACCUGUUGAACCUCCAGCCAGCUUCACUAAGACUCAUUUUUACCAAGCUGUGUUUUCAAGCUCUGCCCUCCGCUGUCCUAGACCAGGCAUAGGCAAACUCGGCCCUCCAGAUGUUUUGGGACUACAAUUCCCAUCAUCCCUAGCUAA